UCUCGUGUAUUCAAAUUUCAAACUUCUUUGUCAAGAGAUGGAUCAGAUUCAUGGUGAUGUUGAAAGUCAAAUCUCUUUGACUAUUAAUGACGACGAAGUUUCAGAUUCCGGGUCUGUGUGCGAUGAAACAAGCCCUUUUAGGUUGUUUACUGAGGAUGUAUUUGUUCAAAUUGGAGAAGGGAGUCUGGAAUAUGGCAUGAUAACGCGUAGCUUUCUUACGGGUAUGGGAUCGGUGGCAAAGUACACCAACGUUGUGGCAAUACACAAGAAUUCUCUUUCUACUUUGACAAGGAAAGCGAGGUUGGAAUCGUUUCAGCUUUUCUCUGAGGCAGUGGCAGAAAAAUGUGGUGGCAAUGCUAACGUAAGACUUGGAUGGUUUGGUGGUACGAGGGAUGAAAUUCUUGGAAUUGUGAAACAUGGAUUUAGUCACUGUGGAAGAAGGCCUGUAAACGGCCAGUCGUAUGGUGUUGGAGUUCAUUUGGCUUCUACACAAUUUUCCAUUGAUGGCGCAUUAUCCUCUGAUGUUGACGAAGAUGGGUUGAAGCAUAUUUUACUAUGCCGAGUCAUAAUGGGAAAUAUGGAAGUGGUUUGUCCUGGUUCCAACCAGUUUCAUCCAAGUUCUCAGAAUUUCGAUUCUGGUGUGGACAAUCUCUUGGCUCCUAGAAGAUACAUUGUGUGGAGUGCUAAUAUGAAUUCUCACAUUUUUCCAACCUUCGUCAUAAGUUUCAAGGUCCCUUCCGUAAAUGAUUUUCUAAGUGUGCAAGCAAAUGUUCCAAAACCCAGAACAUCGUUAAUGACGUUUUCUGCUCUGAUAUCCAUACUUUCAAGGUUCUUAAAUCCACCUAAAAUGGCUCUGAUCGACAAAUCCUAUAACGAUUUCCGGGGAAAUAAGAUCACGAGACCACAAUUUAUAAAUAGCUUGAGGCUUAUAGCUGGAGAUGGGUUAUUACUUGAAGUACUCAAACCUUACACACAAGAAAGAUCAAAGAUGAGGCAAAAUGCAAAUUAAUAGUUGCAGCAUAUGUUGAUGCUGAGGGUACAAGAUUAAUGGUGCGGCAGAUACGUGGUGAUGAAGUUGUUUCUCGUUUAACAAGUACAUUGCUUUAGGGAAUACAUUCCUUAUUUCAGUUUUAGCCUAGAGAAUAAAUUCAUUCAAGUUUAAUUCAUAAAAAUAAAAAAAAAAUAAAAAAUCAUUCAAGUUUGAAUUUGCUGUUUCAUGUUCAACUUUCAAGUGGUUCUCUUAAAGAGGAUUUGUUUUGC